GUGUAUUUUGGGAGGCCAAGAUGAUCUGGCGUUUCUUUGCUAUUUUUGUACUGUGGGCUGCGCUUACGGUAACGAACAGUAUAACUCAAUCAACAGAAGAAGCAAUAGCAGAAGCAACAACAAUAGAUCCAAACAAUGAAAGAGUAUCCAUUUUAUGCACUAUAUUUCCACAUUUACCAAUGUGCCAAACAACCACUGCAACUAUUGAAGAAACAACAACCACCGAUGCACCUACAACUACUGAAGAAACAACCAACACCGAUGCACCUACAACUACUGAAGAAACAACAACCACCGAUGCACCUACAACUACUGAAGAAACCACAACCACCGAUGCACCUACAACUACUGAAGAAACAACCACCACCGAUGCACCUACAACUAUCGAAGAAACAACAACAACAGAUGCACCAACAACUACUGAAGAAACAACAGCCACCGAUGCACCAACAACUACUGAAGAAACAACAACAACCGAUGCACCUACAACUACUGAAGAAACAACAACCACCGAUGCACCUACAACUACUGAAGAAACAACAACAACAGAUGCAACAACAACUACUGAAGAAACAACAGCCACCGAUGCACCUACAACUACUGAAGAAACAACAACAACCGAUGCACCUACAACUACUGAAGAAACAACAACCACCGAUGCACCUACAACUACUGAAGAAACAACAACAACAGAUGCACCAACAACUACUGAAGAAACAACAGCCACCGAUGCACCUACAACUAUCGAAGAAACAACAACCACCGAUGCAUCAACAACUACUGAAGAAACAACAACAACAGAUGCACCAACAACUACUGAAGAAACAACAGCCACCGAUGCACCUACAACUACUGAAGAAACAACAACAACCGAUGCACCUACAACUACUGAAGAAACAACAACCACCGAUGCUCCUACAACUACUGAAGAAACAACAACAACAGAUGCACCAACAACUACUGAAGAAACAACAGCCACCGAUGCACCUACAACUAUCGAAGAAACAACAACCACCGAUGCAUCAACAACUACUGAAGAAACAACAACAACAGAUGCACCAACAACUACUGAAGAAACAACAGCCACCGAUGCACCUACAACUACUGAAGAAACAACAACAACCAAUGCACCUACAACUACUGAAGAAACAACAACCACCGAUGCACCUACAACUACUGAAGAAACAACAACAACAGAUGCACCAACAACUACUGAAGAAACAACAGCCACCGAUGCACCUACAACAAUAGAAGAAACAACAACCACCGAUGCACCAACAACUACUGAAGAAACAACAACAACAGAUGCACCAACAACUACUGAAGAAACAACAGCCACCUAUGCACCUACAACUACUGAAGAAACAACCACCACCGAUGCACCUACAACUACUGAAGAAACAACAACCAACGAUGCACCUACAACUACUGAAGAAACAACCACCACCGAUGCACCAACAACUACUGAAGAAACAACAACAACAGAUGCACCAACAACUACUGAAGAAACAAAAGCCACCGAUGCAUCAACAACUACUGAAGAAACAACAGCCACCGAUGCACCUACAACUACUGAAGAAACAACCACCACCGAUGCACCCACAACUACUGAAGAAACAACCACCACCGAUGCACCAACAACUACUGAAGAAACAACAACCACCGAUGCACCUACAACUACUGAAGAAACAACAACCACCGAUGCACCUACAACUACUGAAGAAACAACCACCACCGAUGCACCUACAACUACUGAAGAAACAACAACCACCGAUGCACCAACAACUACUGAAGAAACAACAGCCACCGAUGCACCAACAACAACUGAAGAAACAACAACCACCGAUGCACCUACAACUACUGAAGAAACAACCACCACCGAUGCACCUACAACUAUCGAAGAAACAACAACCACCGAUGCACCUACAACUACUGAAGAAACAACCACCACCGAUCCAUCUACAACUACUGAAGAAACAACAACCACCGAUGCACCAACAACUACUGAAGAAACAACAGCCACCGAUGCACCUACAACUAUUGAAGAAACAACAACCACUGAAGCGACAACAACGGAAGAGGCAACCACAACUUCAAGCACUUCAUCAGACAGAAGCACGGAGACCACGACUUCAGCAACCAAUUCUCAACCGAAUCUAGAGCAACACAUUCAUUAUCACGAGAUAUUUGGGGCGCCGGGCUUUGCACUGCCCUUGCCAGGACUUCCACUUCCACCCUUGAUAUUUCCCGGACCUACCUUGCCACUAACAGAAGCUGAUGCUUCCAUACUUGGCAUUUUUCCUAUUCUUCCUCCGCCACCUUUACCGCCACGUCUGCCAAGACCCCCAAGACCGCCACCACCGCUCCCGUUUUUCAACAUUUUCGGGUAAUAAAUAACAGUUCAUAUAAAUACAAUAAAUACAUACAUAAAUCAUCAAAGAAAUAGGUUUUUUUAAAAGUUACUGGUGUUUGGUUACUGGUGCUCAUACCAUUCCAGGUACUUCGUUUUGAAACUUCGACAAUGUCUGCAAGGUUAUAACAGAAAUCUAAGCUCAAAAUGACAAAAUGCUUUCCUUUUUUAACAGUAUCAUAAUAGUAGCUUAGCUACCCUCCUUAAAAUCAGGUUCCC